ACAAUGCCAACUUAAUGAAGGGAAAAUGAAGGGAAUUUUAUAAUUUCAUGGUUGGUAUGCAUGUAAUGGCCUUGAUAAUGUAUGAUGCAAUGCUUUUAGUACGUGUUUGACUUCUUAUGAGUGAUUGUGCUUCUACAAUGACCGAUCGAAAUCGUAAUCGCUAUGACUCAUCAAAUCUGAACUGUAUACGGUUGACGGACUUGACCCUGCAAGAAGCCAUUGAUAUUUUGGAGUGUGAUGAUGCAGAUGAUGUCCAGGGUAUUUUCAUUGAGCCACCCGCACCCAACAUUGAUACUGAUGAGGACUCGGGGGAUGAGGAUGGGGGAGGAUAUGUUGAUAAUCUCACAGGACGACAGUUAACUAGUCAAGUUGAAGUUGUAACAAAUAGCAGAAAUGAUACAUCAGUUCUUGAUAAUACUUUCGAAGAUUUGAGCAGUUCUACUGUAGUAAAAAAUAGUAAAAAGUUGAAGAAAGAAGAUUGGAAAGAUGAAGAUUUGCCACAGAAGGAUGUUUUUUUUCCAGAGCCAAAUUAUGUACCUUAUCGGGAUAAGUCUCCAGUUGAAUUAUUUGAAAUGUUUUUUGAUGACGAAAUAAUAAAGCUAUUCAUAGAUGAAUCAUUGAAGUAUGCUCUUUUCAAGAAUUGUAAAGAUCCAAAAAUUACGUCAAAAGAAUUGAAAGUAUUUCUUGCUAUUUUAUUCCUAUCUGGCUACAAUCAGCUUCCGAGUAAACGAUCUUAUUGGGAUGAAAAGAAAGAUAUGAGAAAUGAGAUGGUUGUGGAUUCUAUGAGACGAGACAGGUUUUUAGAAAUUUGUCGUUUUCUUCAUUGUCAAGACAACAACAAUAUUAACAGAAAUGAUAUAAUGUGGAAGCUGAGGCCACUGAUGAACUUACUGCAGAAGAAGUGUAUUGCUCAUUUUCAGCCUGAGGAGAACCUUUCAUUUGAUGAGUCUAUGAAAACACGCUUUCUGGUCCUGUCAAGAGGGCAACAAAUGGUCCAGCUGGCAACUUCAACAGAUGUUGGCGAAGAAGAGGAUGAUUCCCACAACCAUUUGCUCAGUCAGGAAGUUGUCAACAUCAUGGAACCACCCACACCAGAGCUUGAUGACAUCCCUGAGUCAGUUGCAAGAAAUGAUGAUGACUUUUUAUAUAAAAUUGAAGCAGCUAUUCAGUCUCUGUCAAAAGAUGCUGCCUUCAGAGAGGGCUAUUAA